UUCUGUAUAACGAAUCAGUUCUAUUGCUGUUGUCAUAGUAAUACAGCUAUUAUUAAUCAAACCAGUAUCCGAUUGGUUGGAGAGGUACUAAAUUAUUCAGUAGCUAGCUCGGUAAAAGGCGAAUGCGAAAAGGGCCGGCUGAUUUCUCCGGCCUAAUUUAUACGCCGGUGGGCGGGGCCUAUGCUAAUGAGGCAGGAGAAGGAGGCCGGGGGGGGGCGUUUGCCAAGAUGGCGGCGGAGCGAAGUCGCUCUCCGAUGGGAGGCUCGCCGGUGCCGGCCUCGAUGUUCGCUCCAGAGCCGGCUCCACACGCGGGGACCGCCGCGGCUUCUUCCAGGCUUCACCCAGGAGUGCCGGACUCGGACUGCAGCGAGGACGGCGAGGUCCUCAAUGGUGAGCCUGAGCUCGAUCUCACCAGCAAGUUAGUAAUGGUGAGCCCAACAUCAGAACAGUAUGAUAGCUUGCUGCGGCAGAUGUGGGAAAGAAUGGAGGAAGGCUGUGGAGAGACCAUCUAUGUCAUCGGACAAGGAUCAGAUGGGACUGAGUAUGGGCUCAGUGAUGCGGACAUGGAAGCUUCCUAUGCUACAGUGAAGAGCAUGGCAGAGCAAAUAGAUGCUGAUGUGAUCCUUUUGCGGGAGCAUCAAGAGGCAGGAGGCAAAGUCCGUGACUAUCUGGUCCGGAAGCGUGUGGGAGACAAUGAUUUCCUAGAAGUCAGGGUAGCAGUGGUUGGCAAUGUGGACGCUGGGAAAAGUACUUUGCUGGGUGUCCUCACCCAUGGUGAGCUGGACAAUGGGCGUGGCUUUGCCCGUCAAAAACUUUUUCGCCACAAGCAUGAGAUUGAGUCAGGUCGUACCAGCAGCGUGGGCAAUGACAUCUUAGGCUUCGAUAGUGAAGGCAACGUGGUGAACAAGCCUGACAGCCAUGGUGGAAGUCUAGAGUGGACUAAGAUUUGUGAGAAAUCAACAAAAGUCAUCACUUUCAUUGACCUGGCUGGGCAUGAGAAGUACCUGAAGACUACAGUUUUUGGCAUGACAGGACAUCUACCUGAUUUUUGCAUGCUAAUGGUGGGCAGCAAUGCUGGGAUUGUUGGGAUGACCAAGGAGCACCUGGGCCUGGCGCUGGCACUGAACGUCCCAGUCUUUGUGGUGGUGACCAAGAUUGAUAUGUGCCCUGCCAACAUUCUCCAAGAAACUCUGAAGCUAUUGCAACGACUUUUGAAGUCCCCAGGAUGCCGGAAGAUUCCUGUGCUGGUCCAGAGCAAGGAUGAUGUCAUCGUUACUGCCUCUAACUUCAGCUCAGAAAGGAUGUGCCCAAUAUUCCAGAUUUCUAAUGUCACUGGUGAGAACCUGGAAUUGCUUAAGAUGUUUCUCAAUCUCCUGUCUCCAAGAACCAGUUACAGGGAAGAGGAGCCUGCAGAAUUCCAGAUAGAUGAUACUUACUCUGUUCCAGGUGUUGGAACAGUGGUGUCUGGGACAACUCUAAGGGGUCUGAUCAAAUUAAAUGACACCUUACUUCUGGGCCCAGACCCACUGGGUAACUUCUUGCCCAUUGCUGUGAAGUCCAUCCACCGCAAACGCAUGCCAGUCAAAGAGGUACGAGGAGGCCAAACAGCUUCCUUUGCUCUAAAAAAGAUCAAGCGCUCUUCAAUCCGGAAAGGCAUGGUAAUGGUGUCCCCUCGCUUGAAUCCACAAGCAUCUUGGGAAUUUGAAGCAGAGAUUCUGGUUCUUCAUCAUCCUACCACCAUCAGUCCACGUUAUCAGGCAAUGGUGCAUUGUGGCAGCAUUCGCCAGACGGCCACUAUCCUCAGUAUGGACAAGGACUGCCUUCGAACAGGAGACAAAGCCACUGUCCACUUCCGCUUCAUCAAGACCCCAGAGUAUUUGCACAUAGACCAGCGUUUGGUUUUCCGUGAGGGGCGUACUAAAGCAGUGGGAACCAUCACCAAGUUACUCCAGACGACAAAUAACUCUCCAAUGAACUCCAAGCCCCAGCAGAUCAAGAUGCAGUCAACCAAGAAGGGCCCUCUGACAAAGCGAGAGGAAGGGGGUGCCCAGGCUGGCACAGCAACAGCAAGUCCUACAGUGGCAGAGGAUGCUGUUUCUGUGGGAGCAGUCCCCUCCGCUCCUUCAGGUGCCCAGCAACCACAGCCUGCGCUGGACGAAGAGCUCCACAACCGAGAGGGCAACAAGGCAAAAAGUGGUGGUGGAGGUGGAGGAGGAGGAGGCCGGCGACGAGGAGGCCAGCGUCACAAAGUGAAGUCCCAAGGAGCGAUCGUGACUCCUGCCGGUGGCUGCUGAAUGUCUUUCUCCUUUUCCAUCGCUGAGGAACACCCCCUCCCUUUUCUUCUUCCGACAUCCAAAAAAAAAAAAAGAAUCCAGAGCAGCCUAACCAAAAUCCAUCCCAGCUGCUGCUGUGGAUCUCUCUACUACUUCUUCUUUGUCCCCCUCUUAGAGGGGAGUGACUGGAGAAUAUGGGUAGUCGUGGGGUUGCAGUUUAAGCUACCAAGGUGACAAAGCACACAUGAGACUGACUGCUUCCGCCUUCUCCUUUUAAACCCUGCCUCCUAAAACAUUUUGUACAUCGUGAGCUUUUAGUCAUGAUUUUUAUUAGUUUUUAUUAUGGUGGAUGUUUGUGGACGUUUGGGUGUAUGUUUGUGCGUGCAUGAAGAGUUGGGAGCAUCUAGGUCUACAGUGCAAAAUACCUGCCUCCUUUAUCCCCCCCAUCAUUUUUUAAAAAAUAUAUACGAUUGUCUUGACUUCCAUUAAUUCCUGAAAUCCCAGACCUUGAGCAUCUUGAAUAUGCUAGUUCAUCCCGGGGGGGGGGCAGCAGUUUUUCUCAGGCACCAGGUUUUGUGGUGCAAAACCAUCCGUUCUUCUUAUGAUGUAGCAAUGGCUGCGGUUGGUUCAUUGGCAUGAAGGAAUCUCUUCCAACCAGUAGCAUCUCCAAAGCUAGAUCAAGGUGAGGUCUCAGAUCACCAAAGUAUGCACUUACCGUGGCUUAUUUAAAAGCAGGGGGCAGAAGGGCCACAAAUGUACUCUUUCCUCCAGUCCAGAAACUAGGGUUGGUAGCUUCACAGAGUGCCAGUUGGGAAAAGAUUGGUUUGGCAUGAUUCUUUUAUUUCAUGGGUUGGAUUCAAAAUGGAUAGCUCUUUGCAAAGCCAGCCAUCAUGACUGCCCUUGUUCGAGUUCAGGCUGUAUCUGGUUUUGCAACCAGCUAUGUCCACAAAGUGUCAGAGGGAAGAGGGAUGGUGUAAGUUAGUUUCUUGUGGCUCACCCAUUUUCACCUCCAUGGCUUCCAGCCUGUUUCAAGACCAUUCCCAUUCCCUUCUCAAGAACAGAUGGUCUCGGUGCUCUCUGGUCCCUUUGUAUUUGUGUAGGGAAGGAAUGCACAACUUCAUGUUAGAAAUGGGUGCAGCCUUCCCUAGUUGGGCACUUAACUUUCAGAAUUAAUGGCUAUGUUGAAGGACCUGGUUUCAUACCCUUCUUGGAAUUUUUACUGUGCUGUGGGAAUGACAGGGACUUUGCAGAGAUGAGAAAUGUGUGUCCUCUUAAACGACAACUCCCAGGAUCUCACAGCUGGCAUGGUCAGUGCCUGCGCUGGCUAUGGGAUUCUGGGUGAUGUGGUCUUAAAAAAUCAAACCAAACCAAAGGCCUCCCAUCUUUAUGGCUUUCUAAAAGUAGGCAGAAACACUCGGGGGUUUAUUUGAGCUGGCUUUUGGACAUGGGUGCACAGUUGCGAUUUUAUAACUUUGAUAGAAAAUGCAUUUGCCGUCUCUGUUUAAGCCACUAAUUUUGAAUUGACUUUUAACUGGUAUCAUGCUGUUGUUUUUAAAAAGAAAAGUUUGUAGUUCACUGGUUUGUAACUUUUACAGAAGUUCCCCCCAUGUUGCAGUCUCUAGCUUCCUUCUAUCCAAACAGAAUUUUUUAAAUGGCCGACUUCCCCUGAAGUGAAGAAUGACUUUUGGAGUGCAAGGAGGCAUGCUUUAUGCCAGCUUUUGCCCAUGUAGUGCCCUCCAGCUGGGUUGAACUACAGCCUUCAGUGAGGGUUGCGGUCCAGUUCAUCUGGAAGAGACCCAGUUGGUGGUGAAAACUCUUUAAUGCCUGAAAUCUGCUGGUGGUGAUCCACCGCGGCUGAGGCAUUAAUAGUGCCCUCAGAGGAGAGCAGGACCAAAGCGAGAUGGCAGUUGCCUCCUGUUGUUGCCUUUGGCGCGGGAGCGGCAUCCAAAGUAGCUCAUCAGACUCAUUGCCUUCAAUUUCCAAGGGAAUGCGAGACCUCUUUGUGCCGCCCCCUUUUUCUCUCUCUUUCUCCCUUCAUUCCUGAGUUCUGGAAGAGGAAUGGGCAGUGCUGACAACUUCCUUUUUAAAAAACUAAGCAACUGAAAAAGAAAGGGAAAAAAAAGAAGCAAGCACAGUAUUGUGUUCUCUUUUGUGACCAGCAUUUAAAGACGACGGAGGCUGGCAUGGUGUUGAAAAUAAAAUAAAAUAAAAAAGAAAAGAUUGUUUAAAAUAUCAAA